CGUUGCGCCUGCUAUAAGAGACCGCCCCGGGCCGCCUCGGCAGCUUCGCCGCCGCGCACCGGCCCCGCUCUGCCGCCGAGACCGGCUUCCGCGCCCCAGGUGAUGGUGUAGCAACGGCUGCUGCUGGCAGCAGCAUCCAGAGCACACGAAGCUGGCUCCCUGCGCCAUGGUCACCCACAGCAAGUUCCCCGCCGCCGGGAUGAGCCGCCCCCUCGACACCAGCCUGCGCCUCAAGACGUUCAGCUCCAAGAGCGAGUACCAGCUGGUGGUGAACACCGUACGCAAGCUGCAGGAGAGCGGCUUCUAUUGGAGCACGGUGACAGGUGGUGAGGCCAACCUGCUGCUGAGCACCGAGCCAGCUGGCACCUUCCUCAUCAGGGACAGCUCAGACCAGAGGCACUUCUUCACCCUCAGUGUCAAGACAGAGUCGGGCACCAAGAACCUGCGCAUCCAGUGCGAGGGCGGCAGCUUCUCCCUGCAGAGUGAUCCCCACAGCAGCCAGCCCGUGCCCCGCUUUGACUGCGUGCUCAAGCUGGUCCAUCACUACAUGCCACCCACACCCUGUGCCGUGCCUGAGCAGCCUGGGGGGGCCCUGCACCCCAAGCGCACCUACUACAUCUACUCAGGCGGUGAGAAGAUCCCCCUGGUGCUGAGCCGCCCUCUCUCCUCCAGUGUCUCCACCCUGCAGCACCUCUGCCGCAAGACCGUCAACGGGCACCUGGAUUCCUAUGAGAAGAUGACUCAGCUGCCAGCCCCCAUCAAGGAGUUCCUGGACCAGUACGAUGCCCCUCUCUAAGGGGCCAGUGGAGCAAGGUUUCAUGCUACAAGCACAAGAGCAGGGGACAGGCACAACGCCCCACCGGCACCGGCAGGGCAUGCUGAGUCUUUCCGUCCGGGAAGGAGAAAGGAGGAACUGGGGCAAGCUGCCAGGGGCUCAGGGCUGUGGCCAGCAUAGCUGGGCACCCUUUCUGCUGGGGGGACUCCUCAUCAAGAAUGACACCUCCUCCCCACGGGGAAGAAGAUGGCUCCAACCAGACUGUGGAUGUUACAGUGAACCCAUUGGCAAAGCCCCUGUGGGCUUGGGCAGCCAGGACAGCUCCCAUAGCAUGGGGGAACAUGCACCCC